AUGUCAGCGAGCACUCUGCUUGCUUCUUACGCCCAGCUGCAUGCAUCCUGGCAUGCUGCAACGUUGGCCACCCAUCGUGCCAGGAACGGAGAUCGCCAGCAGUGUGCGAAAGUGAUGAGCAUAAGCGAUGCACCACGGCCGUCUAUCCUGGUCGUGCAGACACAACCUCCCUGUCCACCGCCCCCAUGGCGAGGCUCAGCCCGAGUCGCCGUGACCCGUCUCCCUGUCUACACCGUCGACUGUCGGGAGGGACAAAGGUCGGCAAGGACGACGUCGUCGACUCUAUUUCCUCUCGGCCCGAGCGAGCACAUCCCUCUCUUCCUCGCACUGCUUUGCGCACAGUUGCACAAGAUACUCCCUACUGUGACACAGAGGCUUUGUAAAGCGGAGCAACGACAGCUUGCAAUGUACCUGAUACAACCGUACAGCUGCAUGUCAGCAAAUGCGCUUUCGCAGACAUCCUUACCAUCCUCCUCCUUCUUUUAUGCGCCAUGUCGUCUAACACGUCUAUCGACCUACAUCGAUAUGGGCUCUGCAUGCUUGUCUCCCAGCGCAGACAUCUUCGUCUGUGCUUCUCAUCACAAUAAGCGCGUGUCUCAGGCCGCCUUACAGCUCGCUUCCCUGCGUAACCAUGCUGAUCACGUCACAACAAGCCAAGUCCAACGACGCGGUUUGCCAUGUGAUCCUGGGGCUAAGCCCUACAGCCGUGACGAGCUCUCCUAA